AAAUUAAAUUCAUAUUCAUAUUCAAAUGCCAACCUUCCUGAGCGCUUCAUAAUAUUUAAAUAAAUUAUAAAAGGAAAAUAAAAAUCUUAAUUCUAAUUCAGUAUUGCGGAGCACGAUGUCUGUAGCAACAAAACGUAAAUAUGUCGUCAAAGAGCUCUUUGAAAUGAGUCGUCCCACCGCUUCGCAACAUAUCGUGCGAAUCACCGCGGCACGUGGCAAUCAUCUCUACGAAGUCGUCACUCCUACCGGAGAACAGUAUCUAGUCUCAAUGCCCAAUAAAUUCAGGCAGACCAUCUGGGUGAAAAGAAAUGAUUACAUUGUCAUCGAGCCAGUGGAAGAAGGCAACAAAGUUAAAGGCGAAAUCGUUAAGAUACUCACAAAGGAACACAUAACAUGGUAUCGCACACAGAAUUGUUGGCCUUCGGAAUUCGAUGAGGACCUAAAGAGAAAGGGACAUUCGAUAAUGACGAAUUAUACUGCGUGUACCGAUGAGGAUCUCUUCGUAAACACGAAUAGACGAUACGCUGAUGACUCAUCUGAAACGAGCUCUUCAUGUUCCAGUUCUUCUGAUCAUGAGUUUGAUCCUGAACCCUAAUCCUAAUUAUUGAAUCGUGGAUUAAGAUAAUAGACUUUCUUUAUAUAUUGUAAUAUAUAAAAUAUAUUGUAAAUUUGCAUAUAAUAUAGAUAAGUUCGUACUUCAUGUGAUAUAGAAAAGGCAUCGAGAUUUUUAUCCUGUUUUGUUGUAUAUUAUCAAUGUAAUAAGAGAAAAGAAAUCUUCCCCUUUCAUAUCUUUAUAUCACUGUAUAGAUAAUUAUAUAAUAAAAUACUACUUUUGCAUAUAA